AUGGAUAUGUCUGAUAUGGCCGGUAUGUCUGGUAUGUCUGGUAUGGAUAUGACUGGUAUGGAUAUGGCUACCACGUCUACUACAGCUGCUUCCACUUCUGUUAUGUCCUCGAUGAUUAUGAGUAGUAGUAGUAGUAGCAGCAGUUCUGUUUCCUCUGCUAUUUCUUCAAUGACUACUAAAGUAAGCAGUAUUACUUCUUCUAUGACUGUGAGCAUGAGUAGCGCUACAGCUUCUGUUUCUUCUUCAAUUUCAUCAAUGGCUAUGAGUAUGAGUGGCAUGGCCAUGAGUAUGAGUGGCAUGGAUAUGAGCGGCAUGGAUAUGAGCGCUACUACUGAUACGUCUACUGCUACUGCUACUUCUAUGGCUGGUAUGGAUAUGAGUAACAGUAAUUCUUCAUCUUCCUCAUCGAUGUCCAUGUCUAUGGGUAUGAAUGAAUACCUAACUCCGCAUUUCAAUGGAUAUCCAGUUUUGUUUCAACAUUUAAAAGGUCACACUAAAAGGCAAGCUUUUGGUAUUUUUUGUUUAAUUUUGGCUGGUGCUUUUGUUUAUAAAUUGUGCAAUUGUGUUUUGUGGUAUUUGGAAUUAAUCUGGGCCAACAAAAAACAAGAAAAAGAAAAUAAGGAAGAAAUGUGGGCUAAUGCUAGAAGAAGAAAUAUCAUGAUUGAAUUUUUUCAUCAUUCUGGUUAUUCUUUAAUGCAAGAUUUCAUCAGAAUGAUUCUAGUUUUUAUUUCCACCAUGUUUGCUUAUAUGUUAAUGUUGGCUGCCAUGUCUUUUGUUUUAACUUAUGUUUUUGCUGUCAUCACUGGUAUCGCCUUGUUUGAAGUUAUGUUUAAUAGAUUUAAAGUUAUAAUUUUAAGAGAUCGUAGGUUAAAAUUAAUUAAAAAAUGUCCUGGGGGUAACGGUUGUGUUUGUGGUAUCCACAAGAAAAAUGUAGAUGCCACUUCAUUGUACUCUUCCACCACUGCUGAAGAAAAGAUUUCCGAACAAAUUCCACGUGCUGGUGGAUGUUGUUGUGCCGAUGCGACCGAUGAAGUUUCUGAUGCAGCUGAUGCUGAAAGAAAUAUCCAGGAUGCACAAGAAAUGUCUGCUAAUAGAGAUGUCACCGACAUGGGUGUUGAUUUAAAUCCAAGAGAUAAAGUUAUGUAG